AUGGCUUCGUCUUCAACCCCGGACUACGACGGAAUGACGAAAGACGAGCUAGCACAAGUGGAUGUAGUCAAGGCGAUGUUAGACAAGGAUCGUCCAUUUGACACAUCCAAUUCGGGACGAGAUUUGCAGCGUUUCACAAAGCGUCUAGAAAAAAAGGUCUCUGAAGAAGAGAAAGGACGUCUACUAGACCUCAUCAGCGACGUGACCUUUAAAGCACAGAACUUCCGCAACGUCCGUCCGGAACUCGAGGCGUUAUAUGCGUACUGUCGGAAAUGCCACACCAAAAGAUAUGUCACAUGGGCCCAGGACGCGAGAACCAAGUACGUGGUGAAGGCAAUGAAGAAGAAGACUCCCAUUGACGCCAUACUCACUUACAAACGGUCGCACGAAAACGAAGACGACGAGGACGAUGAAGACGAUGAAGACGAUGAAGAUGAUGAAGACGAUGAAGACGAUGAAGACGAUGAAGACGAUGAAGACUUCAUCUUCGAGGAAGAGGAAGAGGAAGAUUCGGAUAACGGUGAUGAGGACGAUGAAGAUUUCGAGAAUGGUGUCCAAGACGUCGACAUUCCUGAGAACUAUGAGGUCGAAACUCCUGAGAAUUAUGAAAUCUUUCCUGAGAACGGACGGAAGGACGACAUUCACGAGGAUGGACAGAAGAACAACAUCUACACGAUGCAAAAAGAAAGCAUCGAGAUGCCACCCGUGGAAGGUCUACCACCCAUCGCACUGGACUGCUUCACAACUGGCAUGGUCAUCAAGUACGGAGCAGAAGGAACACACCAAAACUACAAAGUCAUCCACACCGAAACAUCUACUCGAAUGGGACAUUUUAAAGUGGUGGAACACAAAUUGGUUGUGUCAAAACCGGUUGAAACAGUCUCAUUUCCCCGGACGAGUCCAAUCUGGAAUAUCAUCCCUGCGAAGUGCCUAUUAAAGGGAUGUAAGCAAGGUACACUAGUCAUAUAUGGAAACCGAGCCAAUCCAGAUGUGGACUUAUACGACGAUGACGAGACGAUUCGAGGUUACUUCCGAGUCACACAUGGCUUUCCAGAAGCUAUAGGAUGGAGAGACUUCUACAGCCUAAACUGGUGGGUGGAAGAAGAGGAAGUACAUCCAACGAAGGUUAGACGAGACGAGCAAUAUGAAGGAAACAGGACGGAGUGGACGAAGAUUUCGGACUAUCUAUCACUAUUUACACCAUAUUUCGGGCUCUUACAUCAUGUUAUUGCUUUCCUACAUCAUGUUUCUAUUGCUAGUUGGAACCGAGGACAGUUCCAUCUUCGAAGGGGUACACCUGUCACGUGGUCGAGCUAG